AAUAAACAAACGCUACAAUGAGCUAGAUACCGAUAUGAUGUAGUCGUAUUUGUUGAUUUAUAUAUUUGAUAGAAAGUCCAAUGAGUUAAAGAGAUAAAACAUUUAUUUAUAUGUGAGCUAAUAUAAUUUCCUCAUGGUGGGAUGCUGAGACUCAUACAAAACGGGUUGAACAAGAUGCCAGGACAAUUCAGAAGUUUUAUCUGGGACCCAAAGCUGAUCAUUUCACAGAUAAUUGCUCUUCAAUGCUUGUUUUAUGCCACAUACAUAGUCUUUAUUUAUCUACUAGAUAUUGCUGGUCGCUUUGACGCUUCCUUAGAUCAGAUUUUUACACAGAUAGAUUUAGAUCUAUUUGAAGAUACUGGGAGGGUUAAUGUAAUAGGAUUUUUUCUCAACAGCUUAACAAGUGCUGCUGGGUUAUGGUUUAUUGUUAAGAGAACAAAACUGUGUUUAGACUUUGCCUUUACUGUACAUUUUGUGCACUUUUGUUGCUGUUGGAUAUACAGUGGCCACAUUCCUCAAACUUUAUCAUGGUGGAUAAUAAAUGUUAUUGGACUAGCAUUAAUGACUGUUUGUGGAGAAUUUUUGUGCAUGAGAAGUGAAAUGAAAGCAAUUCCAUUAUUGGGACCUAAAACUGAUUUGUAAAUAAUCUGAAUAUUGUAUUUAUUGCUAUUUAUAUAAAACAUUAUCAUAAUUA